UCGAAUUAUUUAUAAAUCUAUCUACUACUGAAUCUCCAUUUUUGUUCCUCGAUACUAUGUGUUAAGCGCCAUCUGUGUUAGUAUUUAUAAUCUUAUUUCCCGCAUUUCAAUAACGAUGUCUUUUGAUUAUUUUUUUUAACGGUCGUUCAACAGCUGUUAUGGCGCCGAAGUUGUAACCACUACACAUGCUGCUUGUUGCACAAGUUUAUGUAACGUUUGUUGAUGAAAUUGUGAUUUGUUUAUUGUUAUUUUGGUUAAAAAACACUAAGUAGUGAUUGUUAAAUAUGUCGUUCAGUAAAGCAAGACUCCAAAGAUUUAACGAGGUUAAAUUAACUACUUCGUCUACUAGUAAGGGACUUUCUGAAAAGCCAAAGAUAAGACCAAAGGUAACUUUACAAUGUGAUAAAUCAAUAGAUAAAUCCAAAUCUGAAACAGGUUCUUCCCAAAGCAUUCCAGUUUUCCGUACUCCAACUGUGUUGAAACAGAAAUUGAAAAAGACUGUAAAAACAUGUGCCUCAUCAACCCCCAAUAUUAAAGAAGCUGCAAACCAGAAUUUGGAGAUUUUAAGGGAAAAAAUUGUGGAAUGUGAAAAUAAAGAUGCAUUUAUUAAAGAUUUAACGCAACAACUUGAAGAAUUGAAAGAAAAAAUUAAUCAAAUUCGAAAAGAUAAAGAAAAUAUUGAAAAUGAAAAAACAAAAUGUGAACAAGUAAUUAACGAUUUAAAAAAACAACAAGAAAUCAAUUUAGAAACUAUACAGAGUGAAUUCCAACAAAAAUUAUUGAAAACUUCGAGUUUAAAAGUUAAAGUAUGUGAAAAACUUCAUCAUUUAAAGGAAGAUUUUGAAAAAUUUCGAAAUAUUUAUGUCACUGAUUUAAAUGAUUUGAAAAAUAAUUUCGAUGAACUUCCGGUUCGUUUUAACGAAUAUUUGAUACAAUACGACACAAUUUUAAAACAAAAACAAGCAGAAAUCGAUCACCAAAAAAAAAAUUUGGAAAUACUAAAACAGAAUUCCAUCGAAAUUGAAAAGCAAAACUCCGCUCAAAUAGAAAACUUGAAAAAAGAACAACAAAUCGAAAUGGAAAAUUUAGAAUUCGAAUUGUUGAAAACUAUGACUAAUCUGCAAAAAGAAAAAGACACUUGCGCGAUAAAAAUCGCGGAAAUGCAGAAAAUAAUGGAUGCGAAAAUAGAAGAAACAAGAGAAGUUUUCGAAAAAGAAAAAAUUAAGUAUCAGUUAGAAUUGAAAAUGAAUGAUAAACAGCAGGAAAAUCGCGAUAGCGACUUGGAAAAAUUGGAAUUGGAAUGGAAAACAAAGUUGAAACAACAAGAAACUAAAGCUGAGGCUAUUUUAAAAGAAUGUCAAGCUAUAAGUGAAUACAAUAUAAUACAAUGCACUAUCGAAAAAAACGCAGUCGCCAACGAUCUAAAACAAACUACAGAACAAUUAAAUAAAAUUAAAACAAACUAUGAAGAACUAACAGACGAUUUUAAUAACUUGAAGAACAAAUACGAUGUUCUAGAAUCGGAAUUGAUUUCCAAAAAAGAAGAAUUACAAGCUGUGACGACAUAUUUAAAUGAAGAAAUAGAACAAUACAAGAAAGUGUCAAAAGAAAAAUCGGCAUUUGAAUAUACAAUUAAAAAUUCCCAACGUACCAUCGAGGUAUUAACUAAACGACUGUUUCGUUCAGAUCGAGACGUGGAACAACUAAAAGAAGAACUACGAGAUUACGAGGAGAAAAUGUUGGAAUAUGAAGAAAAAAACGCGCAGUUGCAAUCUGAUUUAAAGCACAUGCAGGAAUUCAACGAAGAACUUGAAAUGCAAUUUGAAUCUACUAUAAAAUUGAAUUGCAAAGACGUGGAAAAUCUCGGUGAUAAAUUGUUGAAAGAAGUAGAUGAUUAUAAAAAAGAAGUUGGUUUGUAUAAGAAGAAAUUUGAACGGGAAGAGGAAUUGAAAAAAGAUAUUAUGCUACAACUUCACGAGGCUUACGAUAUGAUCAAUAGGUUGAAAGAAGGAUACGAAAACGCCGAAACAUUAUGCAGUCAACAUAAAUUUGAAGUGGAACAAUCGCAGAAUGAGUUAGAAGACUAUCACAUGAGAGAAAUGGAUUGGAAUAUAAUAAAAGACAAAUUAGAAUGUACGGUAAAAGACCUAGAGAAUCAUUUGGAAUCGAAAACGCGCGAAAUAGCAGAACUCAAACAACAAAUUGCCUCUUUGAAACAGGAAUCUGAAUCUAUUUCACAUUAUUCUGAGUAUUACAAACAAAAAGUUGAAGAACUGGAAUCAGAACAGAGAGAUAAUGGAAAAAUUCAUAAAAAAUAUAUUGAAUUGUCCGGAAAAUACGAUUUUUUGUCGAGCAAAUACGAAGAAUUAGAAGUGGAAAACUCCCAUAAUAAAAUGAAUUUGAGAAAAUUGAUAGAAGAAAGGAACGAAGAUAAUUGGAAAAUGAAAUAUGAAUCGCAGGUUGUUUUAUGUAAGAAACUCGAGUUGGAGAAUGAAAAAUUAAAACGGGAAAUUGAAGAUCGUUUGUAUGAUUUGGAUAUUAAACAACGAACACCAAAGAGCAAAAAAAUAAAAGACGAUGAUAGGGAUACGAAGAAGUAUAUAAAGAAAAAUAGGAAUCCGAAAGAAGAUAAAGAAAACAUGAACAGUCCAAAUAGGACGUUGAAUUCCAGUAGAAUCGAUUCUCCUUUGAGAGACAGAAAUUGAAUCAUCGAUAUGUGUUUUAAUUUAUUUGUAAGGUACAUCGUCGUAUUAUUUCAAUCACAAGGUAUAUUAUUUAUUUUUGUAUGAAAAAAAAACGAUUUUAUUUAUUUUUAUUGUUUAUUUAAUCACAAAAGCGAAGUCUAAGAAAUUGAUGUACAUCUGUCUUAAAUUGAUUAAAAAAUGACUUUCAAGUUCAAAUUUGAUUGUAAAUAUUCAAUGUUUGGUUUAAAAACCUUCGUAAAAUCUCACCUUUGAAAAUAAUUGAAGUCUAAUUUUGGAUAUGUGAAUAUAAAGGAUGAAAAAAUACCAAAUUCUUAUUUAUUAGGAUGUAGCUUAUUUUAAUCAUUCGGAACCGUCUUUAAGAUGAUGAAACUUACUAAGUAAGCUCGGUUAAUUGAAAAAUAAUUUUAGAUAAAGCUGAAAUUAGAAAGUUACCAAUAAGUACCAAGUAUGUUGAAAAAAAAUAUUUUUGCUGUUUGAUUUUUUAUAAUUUUUUCUUACAUAGAUUUAUACAGUAUUGGUAAAACAAUCCAAAGGAAUAUUUUUUCUUAAAAAAAGCGUUAAUUCCACCAAAACUAAACAUUCUGGUGGCUGCGAAACAAAUUUUCAUGAAUUUAGAAAUUUUUUUUGGUAUUUGCAGUUUUAUUUUCCACUAUUUCUUCUAUUUUGUGACUUUUUCAUUAACACACAUUCACUGCUUUCAAACUACAGGAAAUUUCCACUAUUUUCCCAUAUUUUUCUCCAUUUUGUCUACCGCAUGGUAACUUAUUGACAUGUGACAGUUGUUUUUUGACAUAUUUAUCUCAACUGUUUCUUGGUAAAAAUCUCAAUUUAUUUCCAUUCCACCAAUUAGUGUACACCGCCAUUUCUUCAUCACAACUUUUUGACAUCUGACACAUGUUUUAUAAAAGAUUUCGCCGCCAUUUUGUUAACUUCAAAAUUUGACAUAUGACAGAUGUGUCAGUGAAAAAAAUAUGUCCUUUCGGAUUUUCAAUGACAUCAGCAUUAUUCGCCCACUUAUAAGUAGGAAAUAUCUAUUUUAAGGUGUUUUUAGUGUUUCUCCUGGUACCGAUUAUGUUUACGAGUGUCCUAAAUCGUGUUUCCAUAACCAACCGUCCUAUUAUGGUGUUAUUUAUUUCAUUAUUCCAAUAAAGGAAAUACACCAUUCACUUUGUCAGUAUUGUAUUAUUUGACUGAUCGAUUAUGUCAUAAAAUUUUAGGUUAUAAGUCAAUGUUUAUUUAUUUUACUAAUUUGUUCACAAUAAAUUGUAAUGUUCGAUAUAAAAUUCUUUUAUUUUCCUCUUUUCGGUACCCGACGGGGAAAUCGAACCGAUCGAUCUGAUCUUAGACGUUCUCCUAUAAGAAUCGAUUGAAUGAGCAAUCGAUUAUCAUUCGAAUGAAAUCGAAACUAUACUGGUCAAUAAUUAUAUGAGCAAAAAUGUAUGGAAUUGAUUCGAAUGGUUGUGAUCAUCCACAUGAUCUAUUUUUUUAUUUGUCUUUAACUAACAUACAAAGUAAAAGACGACUAUGAUUUGAAACGUCAAAUGUCAUUAUUAUAAAGGAGUUCUAAGGUUUCUAUUUGUCUAUGUUUAAGUAGACUACCAUAAGCAGUUGAAAUCUUGAAAGAAGAUUUUGACAUGGGACUAGAUGAUUCAGCAUCGUUAAAUUGAAAGUUCCAUGAUUUAAAAUGUCAUUCUUUUGACAGUUUCGAUUUAUCUAUUCAAAAAGAAUUUAAAAGGUAGUAAAAAGAAAUGAAAAUAUAGAACUAUUGGAUUCAAAAUUAUUUUACAAUAGAAUUCAUUAUGAGAAACGUCAAAUGUCAUUAUUAUAAAUGCGUUCUAUAGUUUCUAUUUGUCUAUGCCAACUAAGACACCGAAAACAUUUUAAAGCAGUAGAAGAAGAUUUUGACAUGGAACUAGAUGAUUCAGGGUCGGUCGAUUGUAAAUAUCAUGAUUUUAAAUGACAAAUGUCAUUCAUUUGAUACAGUUUCGAUUUUUCUAUUUAGCUAUGCAAAGUGACACAUCAAAAGCAGUUUGAAACUUGGUAAAAGGAAGUAAAGACAUAGAACUAUACGAUUCGGGACUAUUUGACAAUAGAAUUUAUUAUAAGAAACGUCAAAUGUCAUUAUUGUAAAGGCGUUCUUUUAUUUUCUAUUUGUCUAUGCCAACUGAGACACCGAAAACAGUUGAAAACUUAGUAGAAGAAGAAUGUAACAUGGAACUAGAAAAUUCACGAAUAUUCGUUUGUAAAUUUCAUGUUUUAAAAUGUCAUUUAUUGGCAAAUUUUUGAUUUUUCUAUUUCUCUAUGCAAAGUAACAGAUAAGGCAGUUACAAAAAUAGUAAAAGGAAGCUAAGACAUAGAACUAUACGAUUCGGGACUAUUCGACAGUAAAAUUCAUUAUUUGAAACGUCAAAUGUCAUAAAUUUGAAGCGUUCUAAGUUUUUCUUUAUCUACAUCAAGUAAAACACAGAAAUCAGUUGAAAUAAUGGAACUAGAUGAUUCACGAUCACGAUUUGAAAUGUCAAAUGUCAUUCUUUAGACACAGUUUGAAUUUUCUAGCAAAAUGACAUACUGAAAGCAGACUGUGACAUAGAAACUAUACGUUUUAGGAACGUUCUAUUGUCAAGUAUAUGAUUAGGAAUGUCAAUUGUCAUUUUUAAAGGUGUCUAUGUUAAGUGACAGUUUCAAAAUGAAUAAAAAGAACCUUAGACAUAGAACUAUACGAUUCGGGACUAUUUGACAUUAAAAUUCAUUAUUUGAAAUGUCAAAUGUCAUUAAUUUGAGGCGUUCUAAGUUUUUAUUUAUCUACGUCAAGUAAGACACAGAAAUCAGUUGAAAUAAUGGUAAAAGAAGACUUUGACAUGGAACUAGAUGAUUCACGAUCACGAUUUGAAAUGUCAAAUGUCAUUCUUUUGACACAGUUUGAAUUUUCUAGCAAAAUGACAUACUGAAAGCAGACUGUGACAUAGAAACUAUACGUUUUAGGAACGUUCUAUUGUCAAGUAUAUGAUUAGGAAUGUCAAUUGUCACUUUUUAAGGUGUCUAUGUUAAGUGACAGUUUCAAAAUGAAUAAAAAGAACCUUAGACAUAGAACUAUACGAUUCGGGACUAUUUGACAUUAAAAUUCAUUAUUUGAAACGUCAAAUGUCAUUAAUUUGAGGCGUUCUAAGUUUUUCUUUAUCUACGUCAAGUAAGACACAGAAAUCAGUUGAAAUAAUGGUAAAAGAAGACUUUGACAUGGAACUAGAUGAUUCACGAUCACGAUUUGAAAUGUCAAAUGUCAUUCUUUAGACACAGUUUGAAUUUUCUAGCAAAAUGACAUACUGAAAGCAGACUGUGACAUAGAAACUAUACGUUUUAGGAACGUUCUAUUGUCAAGUAUAUGAUUAGGAAUGUCAAUUGUCACUUUUUAAGGUGUCUAUGUUAAGUGACAGUUUCAAAAUGAAUAAAAAGAACCUUAGACAUAGAACUAUACGAUUCGGGACUAUUUGACAUUAAAAUUCAUUAUUUGAAACGUCAAAUGUCAUUAAUUUGAGGCGUUCUA